AUGAAAGAGCCUAACCUUACGGCUGAGAUCCAAUUCACUCUCCUGGGGUUUUCUGGCGUUCCGGAGCUUCAACUUCUCUUUUUCAUGCUCUUCCUGGUCAUUUACAUGUUGACACUUCUAGGCAAUAUCCUCAUCCUCCUCACCGUCAGUUCCAGCCCUCAGCUCCAUUCUCCCAUGUACUAUUUCCUUUCCGAGCUGUCCCUCUUGGACAUGUUGUAUUCCAGCGCCACUGUGCCCAAGAUGCUGACAGACUUCCUCACUGGCUCAAAAGUCAUUUCCUACAAGGGCUGCGUGGCUCAGCUCUACGCUUUUCACUUCUUUGGGGGCACCGAGUGUUUCCUGCUAACCAUCAUGGCCUACGAUCGAUACGUGGCCAUAUGCAAUCCCCUCCGCUAUGUCAGGGUCAUGAACAAGAUGGCUUGUGCCAAGAUGGCGGCCGGAACAUGUCUUGUGGGCUCACUCCACGCUGCUCUCCAAACGGCGCUUACGUUCCGCCUGCCUUAUUGUGGCCCUUACCAACUAGACCACUAUUUCUGCGAUGUCCCACCUUUGCUGAAGGUAGCCUGCGCGGAAACUGCUCUCAAUGAAACGAUUGUCAUGGUGAACAUUGGCCUUGUGGCCUUGAGCAGUUUCACGCUGAUCCUGGGUUCCUAUAUCCGCAUCGUCAACGCUGUUCUCAAGAUGCGCUCUGAGGAAGGGAAGAAGAAGGCCUUCUCCACUUGUGCUUCUCAUCUCGCUGUGGUUGUCCUCCUGUACGGCCCUUGUAUACUCAUUUACAUGCAGCCGACCACCAGUCACCCAAUACUGAAAGGCGUGUCUGUUUUUUAUACAUCUGUGACGCCUGCCCUCAACCCUGUCAUCUAUGCCUUGAGGAACGAAGAGAUCAAGAAGGCCAUGAGGAGACUUCUAUUCAACAAGAUCUUCUCCUGA